AUGGUGCUGCUUUGGAGAGAGUUAGGACCUUCGGUACUGGCUGGUGUUGGCGUUUUACUACUUCUACUGCCUAUUAACGUUCUUGUAGCACGUCGAUCUAAAUUCCAUCAAGAGAAGAAGUCUUCCAGCGCAGAUAGUCGGAUUAAAUUGAUCAAUGAAUUGAUGAAUGGGAUACGAGUGUUAAAACUCUACGCUUGGGAACCGUCAUUUAUGAAGGAGAUUGGUCGUAUCAGAAAUCUAGAAGUGAAAUACCUGCGAAAAUUUACAUAUUUACAGUCUAUAUCAUUCCUAUGGCACUGUUCACCAUUUUUGGUUGCUAUUUCCAGUUUUGGAGUAUAUAUACUGACUUCUGAGAAGAAUAUUCUUGAUGCACAGAAAGCAUUUGUCUCAUUAUCAUUAUUUAAUAUCCUUCGAUUUCCCUUAUUCAUGUUCCCUAUGAUUAUAAGCAGUUUAGCACAAUGUUACGUUUCUGUUGGACGUUUAACUAGAUUCUUGGCUCACACAGAACUUGAUUUAGAGUCCUACUCAAAAGAAGAUACACCUGGUGUAGCUGCAGUAAUUGAACGUGGAGUAUUUGGCUGGGAUCCAGAGGAUGAACCCACUUUAACAAAUUUAACUGAUUCUGUCUUUUUUGAACAAACAAACAAUCAUAGUCUUGGUCAGCGACAGCUAGUCUGUCUUGCAAGAGCUCUACUUCGGCAUACAUCAAUUCUUGUACUAGAUGAAGCUACAGCUGCUGUCGAUAUGAAUACAGAUAAUUUAAUUCAAGAAACUAUUCGUAGAGAGUUUUCAUCAUGUACUGUAUUGACUAUUGCUCACCGAUUGAAUACUGUACUGGAUUAUGAUCGUGUUCUUGUCCUUGAAGAAGGUCAAGUCAAGGAGCUAGAUAGUCCCAAGGUUUUAUUGAAGGAUAAAAACUCCAAAUUUUAUGCUUUAGCCAAAGAUGCGAAUCUUGUUAAAUGA